AUGGCUGCUGUUUUCCCAAGAACCUGUUAUGUCUGUGGUCAAGCUGGUCACUUAGCUGAAGCUUGUACUCAAGAAGAACGUUUAUGUUACAACUGUUCAAACCCAGGUCAUCAAGCUAAUGAUUGUCCAGAACCUCGUCAAGAUACUCAAAAACAAUGUUAUGGUUGUGGUGGUGUUGGUCAUGUUCAAUCCAACUGUACUGAACAAGCUAAAGGUACUCGUUGUUACAAUUGUUCACAAUUUGGUCAUAUCUCAAAAGAAUGUCCAGAACCUCAACAAGAAAGACCACAAAGAUCUUUUAAUCAAAGACCAAGAUCAAAUAAUAAAGCUACUACUUGUUACAAAUGUGGUGGUCCAAACCAUUUCGCCCGUGAUUGUCAAGCUGGUGUUGUUAAAUGUUAUGCAUGUGGUUCUCAAGAUGGUCAUUUAGCUAAAGAUUGUACAUCAGCUUCAGGUGGUGUUAACACUUCAACUAAAACUUGUUACAAAUGUGGUGAUGUUGGUCAUAUUUCUCGUGACUGUAGAGGUGAAGCUACUGCUUAG